AUGGAGGCGGUGGACGGCGGUUGGCGCCGAUCUGGUCGCUUCGUAUUCCCACGAACACAUUAUAGCGCCAUGGUUGACCUUUUCCAAAACAGUUUAAAGAUCUUGUGGAGUUUAAAGGGCAUCUUCUUUUCUCAAGAAAACACCGGCGAGUUUCGAGAAACAAGUCCAUCGAAAAUGGUGCCUCAGUCGCCUCACGUCCUGAUUAUUGGUGCCGGCAUCACAGGCCUCGUUCUCGCUCAGGGACUACGUAAACACGGCAUUCCAUUUACUAUCUUUGAACGAGAUCCCGAUCCCCUUCACCGCGGCAAAGGAUGGGGCCUAACGAUCCACUGGUCCCUUGAUGCUUUUCUGCAACUCUUACCCGAGCAUUUGAUCGAUCGGUUGCCGGAGGCUUACGUUGACCCUGAGGCUGUUGCAAAGGGGGAGAACGGGAAUUUCCUCUUUUUCGACCUGAGAACUGGAGAGACCAAGUGGAAGGUUCCUCCGGCAAAGAGACUGAGGGUGUCGAGAGAGCGGCUGCGAAGAUUGUUGAUGGAUGGGAUUGAUGUUAAGUGGAAUAAAUGCAUUUCCAGCAUCACUCGGGUAUCAGGAACGGCUGUUCGCUGUCAGUUUACAGACAACUCUACUGCAGAAGGGACCCUACUGCUUCCAGUCCGUCUGCUGGGAGCCAGUGCUGCAUUGCCUUCUCAGAUUGCUCUUAAAAUGAGGGCCUUGGAUCCGUUCUUUCUACAGGCUGGCGACCCAGCCACCAAUAAUUUUUUCUGGUUUUCAUUCCUUGAUACCCCGGCUAACAAUGACCGUAAGGAUCGCGAUACAUACGAGUGCCAGAUUUUGAUCAGCUGGCCGUAUCGUAAGGAAUGGCCUAAAAAUAUAGAGAUGCCAACUGAAAAUGUUGGCAGACUGCAGCUUAUGCGCUCGUUAGCCGACGGGUGGGUUGAACCAUUUCGUGAGGUUGUGCAGAGCAUGCCGGAGGGAACUGAACCCAAGGUCAUAUCCUUGGAAGACUGGCCGACGCCGCCAAAGGGGUCAUGGAGCAACCUAGAUGGCACAGCAACCCUAGUUGGAGACGCAGCCCAUACAAUGACGAUGUUCCGUGGCGAGGCGGGGAAUCACGGCAUCCUCGACGUCUCAAAUUUAGUAGCCGCGCUGCUUCCGGUAUUGAAGACGCCGCCAGACACUCAUGGGAAGACGCAAAAAGAAGUCAUUAACGAGUAUGAGGAGGAGAUGAUAUCUCGUACCAGGCCGGCAGUUCUGAGAAGCCGCAAAGCAUGCCUUGAUGCCCAUGACUAUUCAUCAAUAACUGCAGACUCCCCGCUAGUCGCACGCAGGGGUACAUUUGAAGAUGAUGAUCUAGAGCACCUCCUUGAAUAG